GGGGAUAGCGCCCGAAACCCGAACCAAACAAUCCGAACAGGAAUGGCAGGACGUUCGGAGGUUCGAUGAAGCAAAAGCCGGACCGCCGGCUCACAGAAGCAGGUGAAUAAAGCGUAGACGCCGUGAACCACGAUCGGAUCCCGGAGCGUAUAAAUACAACCGGAUCAAGCCGAACCCGAAGUCAUUGCAGAAGAAAGCCUUGUGAUCGACGCACCGUGUGAGUGUCAAUGUGUUCCUGUUUAACUCGUCCUUGUUUUGUUGGUGAACUUUAAAGAGUCGUGUAAGAACGUUAAGUGAUAGAGAACAUUUGUGAAGCUCGAAUUGUGCCCUGGAUUAAAAUGACAAGUGACUUUGGUCGACACGCUCCCUUCUCGUACUACUACACGCACGAUCCGGUAGCGCCCACGUGUGGUAGUGUGAACGUCAAGAUGGAGCAGCAUGAAGUACCGGCCUCACUGGCCGAAUCGAGUUAUCUCGGCUCGACCUACGCCUACACAUCGAAUGCGCCAUCCAACACCUCCACCACCACCAACAUCACUUCCCAAUCGGCCGCUCCGAAUGUGGUGGUACUGCCCGGCUUUAUGGACAACUAUCCGGACAGCUGGAUGACACCGAGCCCGUCCAGCUUUGGGUCGGAAAGUCCCGAUUACUACUCCCUGGCCAACUCACCCCAGCGCAGCUUCGUCGAUGUGGAGGAGUACAAAGAGAAUCUGCUUGCCAUGCAACAAACCUCCCAGCUUCCGGCUCAACUGGCCACCUCCACGUCGCUUCCCCUUUCACCUCCGCUCGCCAAUGUACAGCUGCAGGCAACGCCAACCACCGCUCCCAGCACCAAUCUGCCCGUCAAGAAGCGUCAGUACAACCGGAAACCGAAAGCAAAGUCGGAAUCAGCGAAAGCUCCCGAAACGGACACAACUUCCCGGGCCGAUCUGUCGUGCCUAACGUUUCCGAAGUCGUUCUCCAAAUCUACCGACUCGCAAGGACCGAUCGGAUCCAUCAACACCACCAGCCUCGUCGGAGUGAUCGGCAAACGGAAGCGGAAGCAAGUGCCACCCCAGAUCAAGAAGAAGCGCCGUCUGGCGGCAAAUGCACGCGAACGGAAACGGAUGCAGAACCUGAACGAUGCCUUUGAUCGACUGCGCCAGUAUCUGCCCUCGCUCGGGAACGAUCGACAACUGUCCAAGCACGAGACGCUCCAGAUGGCACAGACCUACAUUACGGCGCUCUGCGAUCUGUUGCAGUAGGUGACUAGCGUGGCCGUCUGCAUCCACUGUACAGUAAGCCGGAUGUGGAUCGGAACCUAUCGAUAUACAGCGAACAAAACCUAAAACGAGGCUUUUUUUUCUCCCUCGUGCUCUGGAGAAGCUUACCCUGCUGCUAGAGUGAGCCGAGUCAGCCGGGGAACGUCAACUGUUAGUUAAAAGUGUUGAAGGUCGAAGGAGAUGGUCGGGAGCUAGAGUAAGGUUAAGUUUGGAGUGUACAAACUAUGAAGAGUUAAAUUAUUUGUCGUCUACUGUUAAUUUUAUUAAUAUUAUUGUUUACUGGCUGCAGCAAAUAAACGAAAAUUGAAAACAAACGAAA